AUGGACACCUUGCUAACUGCUGAAAUUGCGGCUAACGCCCCCCGAUACCGUCGCAAGAGCUCAACUUUUAUCGACGGUAUUCACGAUGUUACCGCGGAUCAAGAUAUGGCCCCGGCCCAGCUUUACAGUACCAUGUCUGGCCGCCUUUUCCACUCUGGCCGGAUUGCUAUUGUGAUGGUUGGCCCGCCUGCCCGUGGAAAAACCCAUAUUUGUGUGUCUAUGGCCCGUUACCUUCAGUGGCUGGGUGUGAAGACUCGUAUCUUCCAUCUUGGCGAUUACCGCCGGGCCACCAUUGGCCCUGAAGGCACUGUCCCUGAGGACUACUUUUUCCCCAAUGCUUCUCCGGCAUCCAUAAUUCUCCGGCAAAAGAUCCUGAAAAAGUGCCGUGAGGAUAUAUAUGCCUGGUUAAACCAUGAAAACGGACAAGUUGCGAUCUAUGAUGCUGUCAACCCAACAGCCAGCGGGCGGAGAUCACUGGCCAAAGAAUUUGCCAACCAUGAUGUUCAGACACUUUUCAUUGAGUCAUAUGUGGACGAUGAACGAAUCCUGCGGGAAAAUGCACGAAACGUCAAGAUAUCAUCACCAGAUUUUGCUGGUAUGGAUCCUGACAAGGCCGCUGAGCUCUACCUUAAGCGGAUCGAAAUGAGGAUUCCCAUGUUUGAAACAAUGAAUGAAAAGGAGCUCAACUAUAUCAAGAUGAUAAACGCCGGCGCUAAGUUCUUCUACAACAACGUCAGCUUUAACUACCUGUCCCACAGAAUUGUUUUCUACCUCACAAAUCUCCACAUCAAAUCACGCACCACAUUCUUCGCUCGAGCGGGAACCACAGCUGAAGGAGAGGAUUCUUACAAAUCUGACGGACCUCUAUGUGACGAGGGAAGAGCCUACGCCGAAAAAAUGGCGGAGACUCUCUUUAAACACCGCGAGCAAGAACAUGCAGAGAAGGUUGAGAAGGGUGACCAAGCACCCCUCAGACCUCUAUCCGUGUGGACCUCGACUAGACUUAGGACAGUCCAGACGGCCGAUUAUAUCAAGGAUAAAGGUUUCACAGUCAGACAGAGAUCACAGAUGAGCCAGAUCAACCCAGGGGCAUGUGAGAAAAUGCCAGAGCGUUUGAUCCGCCAACUGUACCCCGAUGAAGUUGAGAAGCAUGAGCUGGAUCCAUAUCAUCAUCGAUAUCCACGAGCAGAGUCUUACCAUGACCUUGCUGUCCGCCUUGAACCUAUUAUCUUGGAGCUUGAACGAGAGCAGAACGACUUGCUCAUCAUUGCCCACGAAUCGGUCCUUCGAGUUCUCUACGCUUAUCUGAUGCAUUGUUCCACUAUGGAUAUUCCGUUCCUCAAGUUUCCCCGCGAUGAGAUUAUUGAAAUUAUUCCGGCUGCAUAUCAAAACGAAGCCAAACGCAUCCAUAUUCCAGGGCUCGACCCGCGAGUUCUUGUUAGCUCGCCUGGAUUCUUCAAUGGGACACCUGGCGCGGCAAGUCUUUCGAGUAUGCUUGCAACGGGGACACCCACUGGCAACCUAAGCGGCCAUGUGACACCAAAUGUUGAUGGACUGAGCAGUCCUCCAGAUACUUCUGUGGAACGGCCGCCGGAGAAGGUCAUUAACACAGCAAAGGACAUGGUGGCGGACAAGGUAGAUGACGAGGACUAA